AAUGUCAUGGUUGUCAAAUUUGAAAUGACAUUGAAAUGUACAAAAUCUUGAUUAUACACAAAAUAGCGAUGUGAUACGAUAAAAAAUAUCACCAAAAUUAAAACCCCUUUCAUUAUGUUUACAAUUAGAUCGCUGACACGGCUUAAAAACCUUACAAACGCAUACGGCAUUAAAAGUAAGGUUAAGAUUCCUGCGAAUUGUAAGGAAAAUGCAAUUUUAUACUGUUUAAAGUCUUCCACGACUACAGUAAAUAAUGAGAAAUUGCAUGUGGGUCCUGAAAGUAUUAAGCAGAUCAGUUUAGCUGGUAAACUAGUCGAUAUAGCGCCAAAAAAUGUGCAACCUUACAUGAAGUUAAUGCGGAUGGACAAACCCAUUGGUAGUUGGUUGUUGUUUUGGCCCUGUGGAUGGGCUAUAGGAUCUGCAGCCGUCCCAGGUUGUAUCCCAGACCUAUAUAUGCUGGCAUUGUUUGGAACUGGGGCAUUCGUUAUGAGAGGAGCAGGUUGUACAAUAAACGAUAUGUGGGAUAGGGAUAUCGAUGCCAAAGUGGAGAGGACCAAAAGCAGGCCUUUAGUCAAUGGUGAUAUAUCAAUGAAACAAGCAGUAGCAUUUUUGGGAGCCCAAUUAAGUGUUGGCUUAACUAUUUUACUGCAAUUAAACUGGUAUAGUGUUUUUUUGGGUGCAAGUUCCUUAUUAUUAGUAGGAUCAUACCCUUUAAUGAAAAGAAUAACCUAUUGGCCCCAGUUGGUGCUGGGAUUCACUUUCAACUGGGGUGCUUUAUUGGGGUACAGUGCCAUAAAAGGAUACGUCGAUUUAGCUGUAUGUUUACCCCUGUAUUUUGCUGGCGUUUGUUGGACGAUAGUGUAUGAUACGAUUUAUGCCCACCAAGACAAAAAAGAUGAUUUAAUGAUUGGGAUUAAAUCUACAGCACUAAAGUUUGAUAAAGACACCAAAAUUUGGUUGACAGGUUUUUCUAGUACAAUGAUUAGUAGUUUGGCUGUGUCAGGGUUUAUGAACGACCAAACUUGGCCAUACUAUGCAGCUUUAGGUUUAGUUUCGAGCCAUCUUGCCAGCCAAAUUUAUACAUUAAAUAUUGACAGUCCAGAUGAUUGUUCAAAUAAAUUUAUCUCAAAUGCCAUGGUUGGGUUUAUUUUGUUCUCAGGUGUUGUUUUAGGGAAUUUAUUGAAAAACGACCAGAAAAAACGUAAAAUUGAUGUUAAGGGUAUACCAUUGGUUGGGUAGAAAAUAAGAAUUAUGUAUUUAAUUUUAUUUGAUGUGAUAUUUCCCAAAAAUUAAGUAUUAUUUUUGACAAACAAUUGUUUGUUAUUAAAAAUAAUAAAAUAUUGUGC